CUCGUAAAUCCGGUGCAGGUGUUUCCAUUAAAGCUGCUCCACGGUUACCCACGCGUACCCUCAGGUGAGCCGGCGGUGAGAACAGACGGAAGAUGGCGCCGAGACGCACAAGGAACGCGGUGACCAUCCCGAACCAAGAGCAGAUGAGACGCAGCAGACUGGCUCUGUUCAUCCAGCAGUUUGAGAAAGAAGCCCAAGAGCGCAUGAAUGAGCUGGAGGCCAAACUGGAGAACAUGCUGUCCACGGUGGACAAGGUGUUCGAGGUGGAGCUGAUGAAGAUGCCUCCUUCUCUUCAAAACACCCUCAUCGGAGAUUUAAUCAGAGAGCAGGAACUCUCAGCCAGUGAUGUAUCAAUUGCCAUGAAGAACGAGUCCCUCGAGAUGCACCAGACCCUCAGGCGGUGUCACAGUAAAAGAGUCCAAUCAAGUGCUUCUACCACAGUUCAGUCUGCUUCAGUCCAGAGGGCCUCACACAAGACCACUAAGGCCUUAAAUGGCACAAGCAGGACCAGAACGUUGGCCGGCAGUAGCAGCACAGGAAAUAUCCGGGGAUCCGCAGUCACUGCCAAGAGGACUCAAAGCCGGUUGACAAAAACCAGUGAGCAGAUACCAGUCACCAAACCCAAACUCAGGUCGGUGGUCUCUGCUGGUGAUCUGCAUUGUUCAAUGGCCGGCUCGGCUGCACACGUCACCGUCACCACGGCACAGGGGCAGACCGUCAGCUUCUCUGAAGAGACAAAGGAGGAAAUAAACCUCGAAAUGCUGGAUGACGUGGCAUGGUGCCAGAUUCAGAAGCUGACGAAUCUGAUGGAGUAUCUGUCCAGGCAAAAUCGCUGCCAGCGAUGAGUGAAGAUUCCGGAGCAAGUCCACUGAGACAGGAGGAUUUUUUUAUGUGUUUUAACAAAUAAAAUAAUAAAGCUUAUUUGCAUUA